CCUGUGGCUCCGCAAAUGGCCCUGCCCAGGGCAAGGGAACUUGAGGAGCCGGCCUUUGAGUUGAAGGCGGGAAAAUGGCGGAUUCCUCGGGUCGGGGCUUUGGGAAGCCUCCCGUGGGGGGUCCCAGUACUCCUAGUGGCACUAAGCCGAAAGGAAGAAGAGCACACGGUGGAAAAGUGGUUGAGUCCCGAUACCUGCAGUAUGAGAAGAAAACCACCAAAAAGCCUCCAGCAGCAGGCGCUUUAAAGACCAGUGGGAAGAAGCCUGAAGGUGGAAGGAAAGCCAACCCACUCCAGAAGAGCAAAGAGAGCAGUGGCGUCCUCGGCAAAGGUGACCUGCAGUCCACGCUGCUGGAAGGGCACGGCGCUGCCCCUCCGGACCUGGAUCUCUCGGCCAUUAAUGACAAAAGUGUGAUCAGAAAGCCUCCGCAAUUAGAAAAAACGAUGUCAAAGAAAACAGAGUCGACAUCACUUUCUACCUCACAGAAAAAGAACCCGGAUCUCUCCGAAUCGAUGGAAAUGAUGGAAUCCCAGACGUUACUCUUGACUCUGCUGGCUGUAAAGAUAGAGAACAGUCUCGCUGCAUUUGAAGAAAAGGCAGAAAGGGAUUUGUUAAUGAUGUGCCAGGAGAAGGAGAAGCUCCAGAAAAAGGCCCACGAGCUGAAGCGCAAGCUUCUCCUCUGCCAGAGGAAGAGGGAGCUGGCGGACGUCCUCGAUGCUCAGAUUGAGAUGCUGCGCCCCUACGAGGCUGUGGCCGAACGCUUUAAGGAGCAGUACAAGACAUUCGCGACGGCCCUGGACACCACGAGGCACGAGCUGCCUGUGAGAUCGCUUCACCUGGACGGAGACAAGCAGCAGUUCUUAGACGACCUGCAGCUGGAAUUGACCACCACGCGCCAUCUGCUGGGAGAACUUGGGAUCUGCAGUUCAGAAGAAAACGAGAAAGUGCUAGAUCUGCUGGGUGAACUCAAGGAAAUGACCCAAAAGAAGGAUCUGGAGCUUCGAAGGAGCUUUGCCCAGGUGCUGGAACUCUCCGCUGGGGUGAGCAAAGAGGCAGCCUUAAUCAACCAGGAGGCCUGGGAAGAGGCCCAGGGCCCUGUGGCCCCCCGCCAGUGGUAUUUCAGUGAGGGGGGCCCCCGGGCGGAAACUCCGGGGGAGGCCAGCAGUCCGCUCCUCUCAGGGGCUGACAAGCCAUGUGCACCGUGAAUCCACAUGCAGGCUGUGUCCCCAGCCCAAGUGGGAACUUUCCUACAAACUGUCGGGAAGAAAGUACGUUCUGUGCCACUUGUCCUGGGCACAUCUGUGCCAAAGUAGCAUGGAUGUGACAUUCUGGAA